AUGGCAUUAGAUCCUCUGAAUACAAGUGUCUCGCCAGGCGUGAUGUCGACGAACGAGAAUGACGCCGAAAGAUCGUCGGCACAAGAAAGCGAAGAGCAACCUUUAUUGCGAUCGGAUCCAGUUCCUGCGACUUGGAGCCCACCGCCAGGAUUUCUACUCAUCCAAAUUGCCAUCAUGGCCAAUGUAUUUCUUGGCGGGUUUGACGGGACCAUUACUGCGUCGACCUAUGCUGUGAUCAGCUCCGAGUUUAACGCUGCGAACACUGCUUCGUGGCUGACCACCUCGUACUUGAUCACAAGCACGGCGUUCCAGCCUCUCUAUGGCCGAUUCUCCGAUAUUCUCGGUCGCCGGUCAUGUUUCUUCACUGCAACUAUCACCUUCAUGAUUGGUUGUCUAGGAUGUGCCGUGGCCCGCGAUGUAAUCUUUUUGAACAUUAUGCGCGCCUUGACGGGCAUCGGUGGCGGAGGAUUGAUGACUAUGGCAACAAUCAUCAACUCGGAUCUUAUUCCGUUCCGCCAGCGCGGUAUGUACCAGGCAAUUCAGAACGUCUCGUACGGCUUCGGAGCCAUCUGUGGUGCUUCUUUCGGAGGUGCCAUUGUUGACUCAAUCGGAUGGCGCUGGUGCUUCCUGUUGCAGGUUCCAAUCUCUUUGUUUGCUUUGAUCAUGGGCUAUAUAGUCUUGAAGUUCCCAUCACGCAACACUGAACCUUCCUCAGAUGGGCGGAAGCAAGGAAUCUGGCAGCAAAUUGACGUACUGGGCGCUUGUCUGCUCAUUCUGGCUCUCUCGGCUCAACUGGUCGGACUCAGCCUGGGUGGCAACAUUCUCCCUUGGACUCACAUGUGGGUAAUUCUACCACUGCUCUCCAGUGUGGUAUUGCUGGUCGCAUUUGUUGCUGUUGAAGCGAAUACCACCGCCGCGCCUUUGAUUCCAUUGAAGAUGCUACGAGGACAGCUCGCUGUAUCCACACAAAUUUCCAACGUGUGUGUCGGGAUGGCAGCAUACGCACCCAUUCAGUACCUCUUUACUCUGCCUCUCAUGUUCCAGGUGAUUCUCCUUGACUCGCCGAGCAAGGCUGGUACCCGACUCGUGAUUCCCUGUCUAUUUACCCCACUUGGUGGUCUUGUAGCGGGAAUCAUUAUGUCACGUUGGGGCAAGCUGGCCUCCAUUGUGCGCGUCGGCGCAGCGCUAAUGUUCGUCGGCAAUCUCCUCGUCAUGCUCCUUCGAUUCAACGACUCGGGAUGGAAGUAUUUCGUCUAUGUCAUUCCCGCGAACCUUGGUCAGGGCAUGGUGUACCCAGGAAUCCUGUUCACAUUCCUCGCAGCCUUCGACCACACCGAUCACGCCGUCUCCGCCUCAACUGUCUACCUCAUCCGCUCCCUUGGGACCGUUUGGGGAGUCGCAAUUACCUCCACCAUCAUGCAGAAUACACUUAACUCAGGCCUCGGGGAGGCCUUGAGUGGAAUACCAGAUAAAUGGAAAGUGAUUGAUGAGAUCCGCCACUCAAUCUCGGCUAUAUAUGAUCUCCCUCCCGAUGUGCAAAUGGCCGCUCGGCUAGUGUACUACCGCGGGAUUAGACUCUCCUUCAUGGCCUCCGCGAUCUUUGCAUUUAUCGCGACCGUCGCUGCUAUCUUCACCCGUGGAAAGGGGUUGGAGCGCGCGGGCGGGGACAGACGUGGUGUUUAUGGUGAUAUCAACCCAUGUCUCGCGCAGACCCGAUGGAUUGAGGCGCGGUCCUCAAAUCCGCGUGGUUCAAACAAAAUGCCUACCGAUACUUUCCACCUUUACUCAUACUUCUGCUCGUCAUGCUGUCAGCGCAUCAUAAUUGCCGCUCACCUGAAGGGUAUCUCUCUUGAAUACACCUACAUCGACCUUGGCACCAAAGCGCACACAACGGAUGAAUACAAAGAAUCAAACCCCAGCGCCAGCGUACCUACCCUGGUAGUGACAAGCGCCGACGGUGAAAAGACCAUCAUCCGCCAAUCCAUGACAAUUUUGGAUUAUUUCGAGGAAAGAUUCCCAGAUAUAUCUCCGCUCCUCCCUCGCGAAUUACGGAAUCGAGCACAGGUGCGCGACCUAGUGAAUAUCAUCGCAAUCGAUACACAACCUACCACCAACGCCCGUAUCGUACAUCGGGUGAAGGAUAUCCGUGGGAGUGACGAUGAUCUAGAUAAAUUUGCCAAACAGGCCUUUACCGACGGAUUCCAAGCCUACGAGAGCCUAUUGGUGAAGCAGGGCGGGGAGGGGAGGUAUUCCUUUGGAGAUACUGUUUCAAUGGCGGAUGUGGUGCUGGUUCCCACAGUUGACCAGGCUUUGUUGUACAGCAUGGAUUUGGAUUUCGUGCCUAACCUUAAGCGCAUUCAUUCUGCUCUUAAGGAAUUGGAGGCCUUCAAGGCUGCGGAUUGGAGGAAUCAGGGGGAUACGCCGGAGAAAUUUCGGGCGAAGGACAUUUGA